ACCAGCCCCUUGGAUACCACUUGGCCACUCCCACGGAGGCCACUCACACUGUGUGGCUGAAGCCUCGAGGUCACCAGGCGGAGGCGCGGAGAUGCCCCUGCACCCGCUGGGGGACAAGCCGCUCACCUUUCCCGGCCCCAAUUCAGCCAUGGAAAACGGGCUUGACCACGGCACGCCCCUGAGCCCCGGCUCCCUGCGCUCCGCUGCCCAUAGUCCCCUGGACACCAGCAAACAGCCUCUCUGCCAGCCCUGGGCCGAGAAGCGUGGCGCCCGGGGGACCCACGAGGUGCGGUACGUCUCGGCCGGGCAGAGCGUGGCGUGCGGCUGGUGGGCCUUCGCACCCCCGUGCCUGCAGGUCCUCAAUACGCCCAAGGGCAUCCUGUUCUUCUUGUGCGCGGCCGCAUUCCUGCAGGGGAUGACCGUGAACGGCUUCAUCAACACGGUCAUCACCUCCCUGGAGCGUCGCUACGACCUGCACAGCUACCAGAGCGGGCUCAUCGCCAGCUCCUACGACAUCGCCGCCUGCCUCUGCCUCACCUUCGUGAGCUACUUCGGGGGCUCAGGGCACAAGCCACGCUGGCUGGGCUGGGGCGUGCUGGUCAUGGGCACGGGGUCGCUGGUGUUCGCCCUGCCCCACUUCACAGCUGGCCGCUACGAGGUGGAGGCGGACACGGGCGUCAGGACGUGCCCUGCCAACCCCAGCGCGGCGUGUGCAGACCGCACCUCGGGCCUGUACCGCUACCAGCUGGUCUUCAUGCUGGGCCAGUUCCUGCAUGGCGUGGGCGCCACCCCCCUCUACACACUGGGCGUCACUUACCUGGAUGAGAAUGUGAAGUCCAGCUACUCGCCCGUCUACAUUGCCAUCUUCUACACUGCAGCCAUCCUGGGCCCCGCUGCUGGCUACCUGAUUGGAGGUGCCCUGCUGAACAUCUACACGGAAGUGGGCCGACGGACGGAGCUGACUACCGAGAGCCCGCUGUGGGUGGGUGCCUGGUGGGUCGGCUUCCUGGGCUCCGGGGCUGCUGCCUUCUUCACCGCCGUUCCCAUUCUUGGUUACCCUCGGCAGCUGCCAGGCUCCCAGCGCUAUGCGGUCAUGAGAGCGGCGGAAAUGCACCAGUUGAAGGACGGCAGCCACGGGGAGGCGAGCAACCCAGACUUCGGGAAAACCAUCAGAGACCUGCCUCUCUCCAUCUGGCUCCUCCUGAAGAACCCCACGUUCAUCCUGCUGUGCCUGGCUGGGGCCACUGAGGCCACACUCAUCACCGGCAUGUCCACGUUUAGCCCCAAGUUCUUGGAGUCCCAGUUCAGCCUGAGUGCCUCGGAAGCUGCCACCUUGUUUGGGUACCUGGUGGUGCCAGCAGGCGGUGGCGGCACCUUCCUGGGUGGCUUCUUUGUGAACAAGCUCAGGCUCCGGGGCUCCGCGGUCAUCAAGUUCUGCCUGUUCUGCACCAUCGUCAGCCUGCUGGGCAUCCUCGUCUUCUCCCUCCACUGCCCCGGUGUGCCCAUGGCGGGCGUCACAGCCAGCUACAGCAGGAGCCUCCUGCCCGAAGGCCACCUGAACCUAACGGCGCCCUGCAACACUGCCUGCGGCUGCCAGCCGGAGCACUACAGCCCUGUGUGUGGCUCAGACGACCUCAUGUACUUCUCGCUGUGCCAUGCGGGGUGCCCUGCAGCCACUGAGAUGAAUGUGGAUGGCCGGAAGGUGUACCGAGACUGUAGCUGUGUCCCUCAGAAUCUUUCCUCUGGUUUUGGCCAUGUCACUGCAGGGAAAUGCACUUCAACUUGUCAGAGAAAGCCCCUCCUUCUGGUUUUCAUAUUCGUUGUAAUUUUCUUUACAUUCCUCAGCAGCAUUCCUGCACUAACGGCAACUCUACGAUGUGUCCGUGACCCUCAGAGAUCCUUUGCUCUGGGAAUCCAGUGGAUUGUAGUUAGAAUACUAGGGGGCAUCCCGGGGCCCAUCGCCUUCGGCUGGGUGAUCGACAAGGCCUGUCUGCUGUGGCAGGACCAGUGUGGCCAGCAGGGCUCCUGCUUGGUGUACCAGAACUCGGCCAUGAGCCGCUACAUCCUCAUCAUGGGGCUCCUGUACAAGGUGCUGGGCGUCCUCUUCUUUGCCACAGCCUGCUGUUUAUACAAGCCCCUGUCGGAGUCUUCAGAUGGCCUGGAAGCUUGUCUGCCCAGCCAGUCCUCGGCCCCUGGCAGUGCCACAGAUAGCCAGCUCCAGAGCAGCAUCUGACCACCGCCCACGCCCACCCGGCCACAGCAGGCGCUCAGCAUUUCCUGAUGACGGAACGGUGCCCUUGGGUGAUGCAAUCACAUGGAAACUUCUAUUUGACCUGCAACCUUCUAGUUAACCUGUGGUUUAAAGUCAGCUGUGAACUCCUGUCCCCAGAGCUGUACAGCCCUUCAGUGGGUGGGAGGAACUUGCACAAAUACAUAUUUAUGGACACAUAUUUUGCAUCAGAAGAUAUUUAUAGAAUGUAUUUUAUACCGGAUCGUGUGUGGUAUGCGUGAGGGCAAGCUCUGAGGGGCUGAAUCCCACUGGGAGGGUGCGGGCCUGGCCUGCAACCCAAGGAAGGCUUGUGUGUCCUCAGUGAAAGCUGUGCAUAUCUAAAUAUAUUUUGUAUUUAAGCCUG